UCCUCGCGCACGCGCGCACGGAGGGGGCGACGGCCGCUGUGACGCUGCGGCGGCGGCGGGCGGGUGGCGGCGCGUGCGGCGCGCGAUCCCCGGUGUCUUGGGAGCAGUGCCCCGGCCCUCGCCGCUCCCGCCGCCACCAUGUCGGGCCGGUCGGUCCGGGCGGAGACCCGCAGCCGGGCCAAGGACGACAUCAAGAAGGUGAUGGCGGCCAUCGAGAAAGUGCGGAAAUGGGAGAAGAAGUGGGUGACUGUGGGUGACACAUCCCUGAGGAUAUUUAAGUGGGUUCCUGUGACAGACAGCAAGGAGAAAGAAAAGUCAAAAUCGAACAGUUCAGCAGCCCGAGAACCUAAUGGCUUUCCCUCUGAUGCCUCAGCCAAUUCCUCUCUCCUUCUUGAAUUCCAGGACGAAAACAGCAACCAGAGUUCCGUGUCUGAUGUCUAUCAGCUUAAGGUGGACAGCAGCACCAACUCAAGCCCCAGCCCCCAGCAGAGUGAGUCCCUGAGCCCAGCACACACCUCCGACUUCCGCACGGAUGACUCCCAGCCCCCAACCCUGGGCCAGGAGAUCCUGGAGGAUAUCUCCAGCCCAGCAGAGAUGGCCCUCUGCAGUCUAGCCGUAUUUUGCCCUUCCACCAUUCAUGGCUGUGACCUGGUCCAGCUGGGCCCUGAAUGGAUGUUUGCUUCUCAGGCCAGUAUUCUCCCCUCCUCACCAAGCCACCUCCACACAGCUCUAAGGAAGCUCCCCCAGGUCCAGGCCUCAGGGGAGCCCUGCCCUCAGGCCGACCCUGCUGCCUUUUCAGAGCCCUCCCUGCCCUCCUCGGAAGUUGCUGAUGAACCUCCCACCCUCACCAAGGAAGAACCAGUUCCGCUAGAGACACAGGUCGUCGAGGAAGAGGAAGACUCAGGUGCCCCGCCCCUGAAGCGCUUCUGUGCGGACCAACCCACAGUGCCCCAGACGGCAUCAGAAAGCUAGCACCGUCCUGGCCCUCCACCUCCUGGCCCUGCCUCUAUUUAUUGCAUUCUGGUUCUGGCCGCGCUGCAUUGCUGGGGUAAGGGCAAGCACUGGGGUCAAGAGCCUGCACACAUGAGCCUUCCGGGCUGGAAGGCUGGCGUAGGACUUGGGGCUGUAGCAUCAUCUUCCCGACCCUGGCACCUGUGUCUACUUGCUCCCGAGAAGAGGAGCGCUCAUGUCUUUUUUGCACCCCAAGUUGGCUGGAGCAUCGGCCGCCCCAAGAUUCAUCUGUCACCUCCAGGCAGCAGUCUCUGCUCCAGAACCUCCGGACGGAGCUGCUGGCAGCUUCUGCGAGAAGAGAGAGAUGUGGAAGGCACCCUCUAGAAGAGACCGUGCCUUGGGUUACUUGAACUUGAAUGGAGACUAUAGACUCCCGGACUUUCCCCUAGGACUGGGGGCCCUGUAGGCUGCUGUUGGAGGAGGACUGGGUAGAGACGUUGGAGGGAAGGGAAGGACUUUUCUCCACACAAGGGCAGAGAGUCCGUCUAGAUUUCUUGCUGUCCUGCCAGUUCCGCCAAUGCCUGAGGUGGUCCUGCCUCUCACGAGCACCCUAGCUGCUGACAGCCCUUUGUGGCCGCCGUCCCCAUCCCCUGCCCUCAGCACACACGUCUGCACACACGCAGCUUUCUUUGUUCUCACUUGUACCUGUCAUUCCAGCAUUCCUGCCUCCUGUCACAAACUGCCCCAGCAAGAAUUUGAGGUUCUGACAACAGUACCCAUCCCCCACAGUACCCCUUCAGCUCGGUUUUUAGAAAGCUCCUUUUCUUUGAAAUCUGCAUGUUGAAUUGAACUUUGUGAUUUUAUUUUUUGUUUCAAAAAAGUUUAAGAAAAUGGAAAUGGGCAACAGUGAGUGAAGACAUAUUUUAGCACUGAAUAGAAUAUUUUUAAAAUUAAACUAUUUGAAAUAUG